AGGAGAGACAGGUAUAGUGUGAACUCUCUAUAACCCGGCUCUGAUCUCACACAGACUCCUGCCGUGUUGUGGAUUGUGACGAAACGGUCUCAUACGAGUGACUAUUGGUAUCUGAGUGUCUUUUAAGACUGAUUUUAUUCAGGUUUCUUCUCCGUCACUGUGAUUUAACAGCGGGACUCUCAUAGUGAAGGAUCGUCUGUAAAGAUGGCUGAUCACUGGAACAGGGGACAUGGGGCUGUAGAUGACAUGCUGGAUGAAGAAAACAAACGCAUGGCUGACAAUCUGGCAACCAAAGUAUCUAGAUUGAAGUCGCUGGCAUUUGAAAUUGACAAAGAGGCUGACGAACAGAAUUCAUACUUGGAUGGCAUGGACUCAAACUUCCUCAGUGCAACUGGACUGUUGACAGGGAGCGUGAAGAGGUUUUCCACAAUGGUCCGCUCCAGCAGAGACAACCGAAAGAUUUUAUGUUAUGUAUCCAUAGGCUUGGUGUUGACAUUCUUUUUGCUUUAUUAUCUAGUCAGGAGAAUACAGAACUGAAAAAUAUUUAUAUAUUAUCUUCUCAGUUUUAUGAGAAACAAACAUGUGUGAAUGCAGUACUCUAUUCUUCAUGUUUACACAAAAACAGUUUUACUAAUGGGCUUGCUGGUUCUAAACCUGGUAUAUUUAAAGGGUGAAGUGAACUGAAAAUAAUUUCUUUAAGAUCUGUCUGUUGUUUUCCAAAAGACUUUAUAACUAUAAAAAUAUUUCUUUCAUGCAUUCCAAUCUUAUUACAAAAUAAAUUGUUUUUUAAAGACACUUGUUAUGCUUGAAAACAUAAUGAGUAUACCAUGGACCAAUUUCUGUUCUUCUAAAUGUUUUCUCUUUUGUGUGCAUACAUACAUGCUUGAUUUGAGUGUGAAUGCUUUGAUCUUAUAUGGCUGAACUUUAAAUCAAAUUGUUGAGUAUGUAGCUAAGAGUUAUGUUUAAUACUGAGAGUAGAUAUAGUAUAUAAGAAAAAUAACU